AUGGAUCUCAUCUCGAAAUUCGGCCACCUGAGUAAAGAACACAAGCGGAGAAAAUCCACCUCCUCCAACGAAGAAUCGAAGGAUGACGAGGACCAUACAGACCAACGGGAUGAAUGGAGACGCAAUAAAAAGAAGUCAGCACCGCCUCAGGAAACCGCCUCUGAUUUGCGGCCUCAGGAAGGGCUCUCGAACUUGCGACCUCAGGAAGGAGUCUCUGAUUUGCGGUCCCAGGAAGGAGUUUCGGAUUUGCGGGGUCAAUGA